UCCUAGCACAUGAAUGAUGAAAAAAGAAUAGUUGAGCGUAUCUGAUGCUUUAUCAUGUUUACUUUGAAAAGCAGGAUUCCCCUGACCACAUUAAUAUUUAGGGUGGCAAUUACAACAUACAUAUAUUUUGCAAAAUAAUUUGUUCAUACUCAGAUUCCACCAACAUCCAGAGAGACAUAGUAAUAAAAUAGAAAGAAAUUACAAUGAGUUAUGUGGUAGGAAAAUAAGACAGAGAUAUGAAGAAAAAGUGAAUGGAAGUAAAAAAAUUGAGUGUCAAUAUAUCAUAGCCCAUUUACUUUAGCAGAAAUAAGUAAGGCCUCUAGAGAACCAAGGUAAUUUUCACCAUCUAUCUUCUGAAUGGAACAUGGAGCUAGCAGGAGGGGGAGCAGAAUUUCUUCUUAUGAGAGAGUGGCAGCCAUAAGCUUAGUGGUUCUUGCUGUGGCUUCUCCUCUCUAUAUCGACCGGAGAUCGGAGAGUGAGUUGGAAGAUGAUGAGCACCCUUUAAAUAUUGUAAUCUGGUUGCCUCUUCUUCUCUUUAUCUUGGUUUUGGCCAUAACUUUAUCAGCUUUCCUGGACAGGAGCUUCACCAGGUUUGAUCGUUACUGGAUUCAUAGGGUUGGUGGUUCUUCUGGUGGCAUUCUUUUGAUUCUUGUUAUUCUCCUUCUUGUUUUGAAGUGUAAAGCGUCUAUGUAAUGUAAGAACUCAAUUGGCAUGCUCAAAUUGAGUUUUAAGAUAUGCAACUACUUUUCUUUCUUCUCUGUAUGUGAAGAAAAAAAAAACUUCAUGAUGUUGUGUGAUUAAUCAUCCUUUGUUCAAGAUUUCAAAGGUCUAAUUUUAAUUCAUCAAGUGAUU